AUGGCAGAAGUAACCUUUUGCGAAGAAUGUAACAACAUCUUGUAUGCUCGAAGUGAUCGUAAGAGUAAAAAACUUUUAUAUGUGUGUAGGAGUUGCGAAUACAUAUCGCACAAACUGAAUGAUCAACACAACAUUGUGACUAGGAUAAACUACAAUUACAACAGAAAAGAAGACAUAUAUAUCCACCCAGAAACGAAGAAUGAUCCUGCCCUUGGACGUGUGCGAGAUUGGAUGUGCAAAAAUUGCGGAAAUAAUGAAGCUGUAUUUUUACAGUUACCAGAAAGAAUUAGUUACAAUCCCAUGGCAUUAAUUUAUGUAUGUACAGGUAAAAAUUGUCGUUAUUGGGAAAAGGAAAUACAAGGUAAGAAUGAAGAUGCAGAUGUAGAUGCAUUAAAUAAAAGUGGAACAUCAUCUGAAGCAUCAUAUAAGGAUGAUCAUAUGAACACUUCAGUAAAAGAACAAACGAAUACUUCUUCUCAUGAAGAGGGGAAACAUAAUUAUAUCGAUGAACGGGUAAAAAGAAAUCGAAAAGAAAUCAAAAGAGUUAAUAAUCACGAUGUUGAUGAAGAACAAGAGGGAGACAAACUCAAACAAGAACUCCACGAAUUGAUAAACCCAAAGGAGGAGCAGCACCAUAGUGCACCUAGUGACUUUGGAGAUGAAAAUGAAAGUGAUGUCGAAGACUAUUUCUGCGAAUAG